CCCGGUUUCGUCGCAAAGUCGCGCGAAAAACUGGAGAAGCUGGUGGGGCUUCAGCCGUUCCGAGCAGCGCGGUGUGGGGGUGGCCGUGGGUGGUGGCUAGCAGUAGCAGGCAGCCGGGGGCGGCGGGCGGGGCGGGUGGCAGCCCCCACCGCACCGCGCAAGCAAGGGCCAAGGGAGGAGGGGCAGCCAACAGGCCCAGGCAGGCAGGAGAGAUUCGCACGGCUCGCUCACGCACACACGCAAAACAACGCCCGCAUAAAUGCGGUUUUGGAGCCGUGCGGGCGGGCGUGAACUGUCCUCCCCUCUCUCCUCCCGCGGCGGCUGCGGGGCUGGGAGAGACGACGACGACGCACGCAGAAAAACAACCGCUCCCGCCUUGCCCCUCCCUCCUGCCACUGCCAGCAGCCCGAGCGCUCGCUUUUUUGACCGCGUCUACCCCUCCUCCCCCUCGCACACUUGCCUCUGAUCCAGUGCCACUACAAUACUCUACUGCUGCGCGCUAGCGGUAGCGCUCACACCACUCGCGCAAGUAUACGCCACCGCUGCUGCCGUGCUGGUUCCUCCUCGCGCUCGCAUUGCGACCUAGCUAGCGCGAGGGGAAGGCGGGGGGUGGUGCGCGUGCUCCGUGAUCUGGGAAGCGCCGCAGCGAGAUGGCCGGGGGUGGAGGCGGCGGCGGCGGCGGCGGCGGGCCGAAGCAUGAUGACCUCACGCCGCACCCCGUCAAGGACCAGCUCCCGGGGGUCUCCUACUGCAUCACCAGUCCUCCGCCGUGGCCUGAAGCCGUUCUUCUUGGGUUCCAACAUUAUCUGGUCAUGCUGGGUACCAGUGUGAUCAUACCAACUGCACUAGUUCCACAAAUGGGAGGAAACAAUGAGGACAAGGCAGUGGUUAUCCAGACAUUGUUGUUCGUUGCAGGCAUCAACACCCUCCUGCAGAGUUUCUUCGGUACCAGGUUGCCUGCAGUGGUUGGGGGGUCAUACACCUUUGUUCUGCCUACCAUCUCAAUCAUCCUUGCUGGACGUUAUGCUAAUGAACCCAAUCCACACAUUAAAUUUCUCCGCAUCAUGCGAGGGACACAAGGUGCAUUAAUUGUGGCUUCAGCCUUACAGAUUAUAGUUGGGUUCAGUGGCCUUUGGCGUAAUGUUGCCAGGUAUCUGAGUCCACUUUCAGCUGCUCCUUUGGUGGCACUAGUUGGAUUUGGACUGUAUGAGCUAGGAUUUCCCUCGGUUGCCAAAUGUGUUGAGAUUGGUCUACCUGAACUAAUCCUUCUGGUGAUCUUUGCAAUGUACCUGCCAAAUACUGUUCACAUGCUGAAGUCUAUCUUUGACCGAUUUGCUGUAUUGUUCACUAUCCCCAUAGUGUGGCUCUAUGCAUACCUUCUCACUGUUGGAGGAGCAUACAGGAAUGCACCACCAAAGACUCAAUUUCAUUGCCGCACUGACCGUUCUGGAUUAAUUGGUGGCGCACCCUGGAUCAGAGUUCCAUAUCCCUUCCAGUGGGGUGCUCCAACUUUCGAUGCGGGUGAAGCUUUUGCAAUGAUGGCAGCAUCAUUUGUUGCUCUCGUGGAGUCCACUGGGGCCUUCAUUGCUGUCUCUAGGUAUGCUAGUGCUACACCAAUCCCUCCCUCUGUUCUUAGCCGUGGUAUUGGCUGGCAGGGCAUCGGUAUUCUUCUGGAUGGGCUAUUUGGGACUGGAAAUGGGUCUUCUGUAUCAGUUGAAAAUGCUGGUUUGCUAGCUUUGACACGUGUUGGUAGCCGAAGGGUAGUGCAGAUAUCAGCUGGUUUCAUGAUAUUCUUCUCUAUUCUGGGGAAAUUUGGAGCUGUGUUCGCCUCAAUUCCUGCACCCAUCUUUGCAGCUCUAUAUUGUAUCUUCUUUGCUUAUGCUGGUUCUGCUGGGUUUGGCUUCCUCCAGUUCUGUAACCUCAACAGCUUUAGGACCAAGUUCAUCCUUGGGUUCUCAGUUUUCAUGGGCCUUUCAAUUCCUCAAUACUUUAAUGAGUACACAUCUGUUGCUGGUUAUGGCCCUGUUCACACACAUUCAAGAUGGUUCAAUGACAUAGUAAAUGUGAUAUUCUCGUCCAAGGCGUUUGUUGCUGGCUUCGUUGCAUAUCUGCUGGACAACACUAUUCACAGACAUGAAAGUUCUGUCAGGAAAGACCGAGGCUAUCAUUGGUGGGACAAGUUCCGGUCAUACAGGACUGAUACAAGAAGUGAGGAGUUCUAUUCCCUGCCAUUCAACCUGAACAAGUUCUUCCCUUCCGUCUGAGCUUGCUGUGGUUAAUGUGAGAUACUCUUGUUACUCUGGACUGUCUAUCUCCUGUUCUCUGGCGGUGGCACUGUUGAUCUUUGGUAUGGUAUAUGAAAAAAAAAAUUAUGCUUCAAAAGGAUGAAAGAUCCUACGGCUGCUGUAUACUUUAUAUUCUAUUUUGGUGCCAAAAGUAGGAAAUUUUGGUUACCCGUUUGUCGUAUGGGAAUAGCAUGUUCAUACAUGUCAUUGUAGUCAAAUUUCAUCAUUCACAACGGGAUUAGUAGAAUGACAAUGUCAUUGUAGUACACUAUGCUAAUAUUGUAUAUUGUAGUAAUCCGGCCACCGCUAUCUUUUGUAAUGUUAACUUGGUGCUUCAGUGUAGCCUCUGCUGUGGAGUAAAAUGUUCUCGGGUCCAGGAAGCACUCGUAUUUGCUAGUACUAAA